UUGAGAUUCAAAUGGAAGUCUAUCAGUAGCUGAAUUUCAGUUUAAUCGUAAACAGUCGCAAAUAAUCAACAAAUAAAAUGAAAAUCGCAGUUUUGGCUCUUUUGGUUUGCCUUGUCGCAAUCGCCUACGUUCAAGCAGCUCCAGUCGAUGAAACCAUAAUCGGAGACUCAGUUGAGCCCUUCCAUCCAGCCGAUGACAGUGAAUUCAGCAAGAAGGCUUUGGUCAAAGGCCUCAUCAUUCUCAAAGUAAAAAAAGUGAAGAAACUCCUCAAGGGAUAAGUUUAUUAAGACAACAACGUGAAGAUCAUUAAGAUUUAAGUUCGCCAAAUCUUUAAUCAGGAAAUCAGUCAACCGCCCAGUCAACAAUUGGUUGAAACUCAAACAAUAUCAGAUUAUAUAAAAUUAUUUAUAAUUAAAUUAAUUUGUACAUAAUAAAAUGCUAUGAGCACAUGAAAGUGUAUGCCAAAAAUGAAA